AUGGACCAGGACUUUGUGCUCGACACCGACUUCAACCUGGACGCUACUUUCAAAUCGGCAUUUUUAAGGGAUAUUAUAAAGGGUCUCACCUUCCUCCACAAAUCAGCCAUCGGCUACCACGGCCUUCUAACCGCCCAGAAUUGCUUAAUUGAUGCAAAUUGGGUCUUGAAAUUGACCCAAUUCGGGAUCAGCACGAUGAUACAUGAAUUUGUCAAUGCAGACACCUUGAAGCCGCUGGAAUUGAUUUCAUUGCAAACAUAUCACAACUUUGCUCCUGAGCUCUUGAAAAAUCUGGAAAUUGGCCGAAAUUAUCCAAAAGGCACCGUUCAUGGCGAUAUCUACAGCAUGGGCAUGAUUUUGUAUCAAGUGCUCUUCCGGCAGCCACCGUAUGAUCGGUAUAUGAUGUCGCAACGAGAAAUUCUCGACCAAAUCAUGAAUAACAAUCUUCAACCGGAAGUCCAUUCCGAGGGCGAUGCUUUAUUACAGAUCAUGCAAGAGUGCUGGCGCCCAACCCCGGAAAGCCGCCCUAAGCUCCGAUUGAUCAAUCAGACGGUACAAAAGGCUUUUGUGUCAGCAACCGUCGCCCAAGUCCUGAAGCAAGGCGGCCUAGUCCCACCACGAAGCUACGAUUCCGUUACCGUACUCUUCUGCCAGAUCAUGGACUUCAACACGCUGUGCUCGAAGAGUAAUGCAGAACAGAUCGUAACAUUCCUCAACGAUACCUUUACACUCUUCGAUGAGAUUGUAAAAGUUCAUGAUGCUUAUAAGGUCGAAACGACUGGUGAAACCUAUAUGGUGGCCUCUGGUGUACCGACAGAAAAUGGAGGGACGUCACGUCUUCGAAAUUGC